UUAGCAGCUGCCCCCCAUGCAUUGUCCCAGGCCAGUGCCCCCGCCAAGGCCUCUUUUGUGCUCCCAGAUUCCUGGGUGCAAGGUGGCCUCAUUAGUGCCCGGAGACCGCCCAAUCUCCAGGGAGCAGGCAGACAGACAAGGCGGGGACCAGGGGCACAGAGAUCCAACUCCGGCCUCUGAGUGCCUUGGCGGCCAUUCCUUGGGCCCAGCCUGGAGACGGCCCCCCUGUGGGAGGCUAAUCUUAGACCUGCCUUUGUCUGGCCCCAGAGUGGACGCAAGUGUCCGUCUCUCCCCCACCACCUCAGAGCACUAUAAACCCCAGACCCCUGGUAGCAGGUCGCAGUCGACGGCCUCAAAGUUCCUGGGUAUUUGGACCACUGCAGACAAUACCUUUCCCAGCUCCCUACUCUGAGCUCCAGAAGCCAUGAACCCUCCCUCUACGAAGGUGCCCUGGGCCGCCAUAACGCUCCUGCUGCUGCUGUUGCUGCCGCCCGCGCUGCUGUCACCCGGGGCGGCCGCGCAGCCCCUGCCCGACUGCUGCCGCCAGAAGACGUGCUCCUGCCGCCUCUACGAGCUGCUGCACGGCGCGGGCAAUCACGCGGCCGGCAUCCUCACGCUGGGCAAGCGGCGGCCGGGGCCCCCGGGCCUCCACGGCCGGCUGCAGCGCCUCCUGCAGGCCAGCGGCAACCACGCGGCCGGCAUCCUGACCAUGGGCCGCCGCGCAGGCGUAGAGCCAGCGCCGCGACCCUGCCCCGGGCGCCGUUGUCCCGCCUCGGCCACCUCGUCUGUCUCGCCUGAGGGGCGGUCCGGGGUCUAAGCCCUUGCUCGGGCCCUGUCCUGCCCUCUCCCUUCUGCCCGUUCGUUGUCAGCCCCAGAAAAAGGGCAAUAAAGACGAGUCUCCGUUA